AGAUAAGCCACUUGUGGAGAGCUCGUGGCACAAACACUUCCUCCCUCUCUGAAUUCCCAUCAGACGGCUAAAAUUUCACUACACCAAUAGCAAAAAAGAAUAAUGUUACCAUAGCCAAAUCCUCCCUGCAGUUUCACUAUCCUCACCUGCACAUUUGAGAGGAAGUAAAGAAAACAGUACUUGCAAGCAGAUAAUGAUAAUGGCUUCUCUUCCUAUUGCCUUUGCUCUUCCUACUGUUAGAGUGUAUGCAGCCACGGCAGCUAAGGGAGCAGGUGGCAGUAAAGAGGAAAAGGGUUUUCUUGAUUGGGUUCUUGGAAAUUUGCAGAAGGAAGACCAAUUCUAUGAGACUGAUCCUAUCCUCAAGAAAAUAGAGGAGAAGACUGGUGGUGGCACCAACGCCGGCGGCAAGAACUCCGUGUCAAUCCCACAGAAGAAGAAGGGUAAUGGGGGAGGCUUCGGUGGGCUGUUCGCCAAGAAAUGAAAUAUAGAGAUAUUGUUCUGUUAGCUUUCUGUCUGUCUCCAUUUGAUGAUUCUUGAACUCUUUAAGUUGUAUGUGUUCUCUCUUUUUGCACAUUACUUCUUUAGUUAAUUUUCUUCCAUGUCUAUGAACUAUAUCAAUUUAUUUCAAAUCACUUGGUAGGCUUUUGAUUUGAUAUUAAAUAAAUUAAUUGUUCGAUA